CUACGUUUGAACGAUGUGCCGUGACUUUAGUAUUGUGCCAGCGACGGGCGGCCGAAGUUGUCAUGAUUGGAGGUUUUGACUAAGGCAUCUCCCUCCACUGAGCCAGUGUGUGUCAGCCAGCAGCAGCAGCAGCUCGAUCUCAGUAGGUACACUCUCAGCGGGUCUCUCCCUGUGGGUGAAGUGCUUUCUUCCCCCUCGCGAUCAGCCACAGAGGCUGUGCGUCCAAUGGCUUUCACUGCCCUGACACCCCACGUCUAAGCAUCAUCAUGGGGGAGGUAGUCCAGAUGCACUUCACCACAGCAGACUAUGUCAUCUUUGCCUUGCUGCUGGUGGCCUCAGCUGGCAUCGGCCUCUUCUAUGCCUUCUCCGGUGGGCGCCAGCGCACAACACAGGAGUUCCUGAUGGCUGACCGCUCCAUGAGCUGCCUGCCUGUGUCUCUGUCCCUGCUGGCCACUUUCCAGUCAGCUGUGGCCAUCCUGGGCGCUCCGUCUGAGGUGUACACCUUUGGAACCCAGUACUGGUUUCUGGGCUGCUCCUACUUCUUGGGCCUGCUUAUCCCAGCUCAUGUUUUCAUACCAGUCUUCUACCGGCUGCGGCUGUCCAGCGCCUACGAGUAUCUGGAGCUGCGCUUUAACAAGACGGUUCGCAUAUGUGGGACAGUGACAUUCAUCUUUCAGAUGGUCAUUUACAUGGGGGUGGUCCUUUAUGCUCCAGCCUUGGCUCUCAAUGCAGUGACAGGUUUUGACCUGUGGGGGGCAGUGCUUGCCAUGGGAUUGGUGUGCACUCUGUAUACUGCUCUGGGGGGCCUGAAGGCAGUGAUCUGGACCGACGUGUUCCAGACAGUGGUGAUGUUUGCAGGACAGCUGGCGGUUAUCGUAGUGGGGGCCAGUCAGGCAGGGGGCAUAGGAGAGGUCUGGAGGAAAGCAGUCAACGGCAGCCGCAUUUCUGGACUAGACUUGAACCCUGACCCACUAGAGCGUCACACCUUCUGGACUCUGGGUGUGGGGGGAAUCUUCCUGAUGCUGGCUCUGUACGGGGUCAACCAGGCCCAGGUGCAGAGAUACCUCAGUUCACGCACAGAGAAAGAAGCUGUCAUGUCCUGCUAUGUUGUUUUCCCAUGCCAGCAGAUCGUCCUGUGUUUAGGUUGUCUGAUGGGUCUUGUCAUGUUUGCUCGCUACGGAGAGGACAGCCCUCUGGACAAGGGCUACGUCAAAACUAAUGACCAGAUGGUGCUGUACUUUGUGAUGGAUGUGUUCAGGGACCUGCCCGGGCUCCCAGGGCUGUUUGUGGCCUGUCUCUUCAGUGGAGCUCUCAGCACCAUCUCAUCAGCCUUCAACUCCCUAGCAACAGUAACUAUGGAGGACCUGAUUAAACCUCAUUUUCCAAACAUGCCUGAAUCUAAAGCCACACUGCUGUCCAAGGGACUUGCUUUAGCAUAUGGUCUGGUGUGUCUGGCUAUGGCCUACCUUGCCUCCCUAAUGGGAUCUGUGCUGCAGGCAGCCUUCAGUAUCUUUGGGAUGGUGGGUGGGCCCCUGCUGGGCCUCUUCUGUCUAGGAAUGUUCUUCCCCUGGGCAAACUCGAUUGGUGCAGUGGUUGGGUUAGUAGCGGGCCUUGCCAUGGCCUUCUGGAUCGGCAUUGGCAGUUUUGUGAUGCGAAUGUCUGCUUCCUCCCCGGUACCUCCACUAAACGACACCGCUCUGCCUCUGUUUGACAACAUGACCACCACUGUCAUGACCACACUGGUCAGCGCCACUACUGCCAAGCCAAGGCCGACAGGUGUGGAGGCUCUUUACUCAUUGUCCUACAUGUGGUACAGUGCUCACAACUCAGCCACUGUGGUGGUGGUAGGACUGAUAGUCAGCUUGCUAACAGGACCUAUGAAGGAGAAGGAGCUGAGCCCCGGCACAGUGUAUCCAGUCCUGGGCACGCUGCUCUUCUUCCUGCCUGAGCGCUACAGAGAAAAGCUCUGCUGUGUCACUCCUCUGGCUCAGAAGCCCAAAGAAAUCAACGCACAGCCUUACCAGAAGGCCAAGAAAGACAGCAACGGAGCAGCUUACUGCAAAGACGACACCGUCUCGGAGGACAAAGACACACAGACUGAGCGAGCACAAGCACAGGAGGAAGACUUGGAAACGAGGAUCGCUUUGCCCUCAUGCCAGCUGGCAUCUUACACAGUUCAGGAGACAGUCCUAUGAUCUCUUUUUUUUUUUUUUUUGCAUUGAUUGAUAACACACACACACAUACACACACUGAAUGUCAGUUCUUUGGGAGACAGGUCACAGAUGUGAAGUCCAUCACUAAUUAGAAGGACUUUGGCUGAAUCUUAUUAUAGAAAGGCACUGUGGGCUUCAGUAUCUGUGAGGGGGGGGGGGGUGUUUGGUACUAACUCAGCAUCUGCCAGUCUGGACCAGUGCAUAAACCCAAAAGACAGCAGUCCAUGAAAAAAAAAAAACUCUUCAGUCGAUCUCUGUUAGAGACUCUGAUACACGCACAGGCUGUUGGGUCUGUCCAGAUGUGUGCAGAUGUGUGUGUGUGUGUGUGUGCGCGUGCAAUUUAAAGUUAGAUAAAGAAGAGAUACCGGGCUGCUCUCCUGCACAAUGAGCUGCUCCACUGUGACUGGAUUCAGUCAUGCCAAACAAAAAAAAAACAAAAUCAGGUAGGUAAAAGAUGUAAUAUGUGUUAUUUUUGUAGAGAAGAUGGAAACCUAAAAUCCCAGAACAUGCAUCAGAGAAUUAUAAUAUGAAAAGAAAAAAACAAAACAUCUAGAGAGACAUAACUUCAAUCGAAGGCAUGAACCAUCUGUGCUACUGUGAUAGUGUAGUGUCUUUACAUGGCCUUGGUUUAAUACUAAUCGUCGCCUUCUAGCUGCUACUAUAGAUGUCUUACUACAAAAGAGUCUACAAAGGUGAAGCCGUGGGUUCAGGUGAGGGCAGAGGUGGUGCACCGUGGGUCACGUGAGACGGAGCACAGUAAAUCCUCAGCUGAUAUAAACCACGUUCUUAUAAACAGUGUAUGUGAUGAGAAAGCCACCCAGUGGGUGUGCAGAGCUGCUGUGUGCACAUGCUCUUGUUGUUGAUAUUUUCCACCUCGUUCCCUCCUCUGAGGACCUGUGUACCUGUGAUGUGCCACUGUUCGCUCCUUCAUUGCUCCUCACAGUCGUCGGUUUACUCCGCAGUGAGCAGUAAAUCGGAUUUCACAGGAUAUAUUUAUUUUACGCUCAGAAAUUUGACACUCAAAUGAAGUGUCAGUAAAUAUAGUGCACUGUAGUAUAUGGUACAGCAAACCGCUUCAUCUCUGGAUAAGAUGGUGAGAUAAUUUUGUGAAAAAUAAGAUGUUUUACUUGAUUGAUUGAAUAUUUAAGCACAGUUAUGUUGUUAUUUGUUAGUUCCUGGCCAGGAUAAUGAAUGAUCAGAGCACUGACUUGUAUUAAUGAACUAGUUCACUGUGUUAAACCAUACUGACAGGCCUGUGUGUACAUUCAGAGAGUAAGUGCUCACUGUAAUUGUUCUUCCUGCCUCUGCUGGUCAUAGAGAGACACCUUCCUAACAAGGUUUCAUUGCAUGUGAUGGGGGAGAAAAUCCCGGCUUCAGACCUCUGAGUUCAGUUAAAACAAAAAUGUCUUGAGUGUCUUCCAGGUUACUUUGUCUUUUUUUUUUUUUUUGUGCCAGAAUCCCUCUACAUUUCCUCAGAGAGGAGUUUAAAAAAAAAAGCACUGUAAAUUUGGUUGGUAAUUCAGAUUGCUGAAGGAGUGUAAAUUUGAAAUGCAUUUGGGAGUCGUAGCUGUUCCCACUCCCAUCAGUUACACUGGAGUCAUGUUAGAACAGGAUCUCUUCACAGUUUGUAUUGACAAGAGGUAAAACUGUCAGGAUGUACAUACAGGCCCGUCUGUAUUGUUUUAAAACUGAUU